UCAAAGAAGUAAAAACAAAUAUUUUCUUCUAGAUCAACCAUGGAAGCUACCUCUCUAAGCUCUGCAGCAACAAUCAUUUCCUCCUCAUCUUCACCACUCUCCAUCUUCUCUCCCAAGAAAAGAACAGACUCAUCACCUUCCCCGAGAAUCGUCCGUCUCUCCAAGAAGAAGGAAGACAAAGAUUACGAUCCCCAACAAUCCGAAUCGAACUCAUCAAGCCUCGUUCCUCUCUUCCGAAAUCGAACUCUCUCCAAUGAUGAGGCAAUGGGAUUGGUGUUGAGUGCAGCUUCGGUUAAAGGUUGGACAACCGGUUCCGGUAUGGAAGGACCGUCUCUACCGGCUAAACCCGAUACAGAGACCGUUUCAACGUUUCCAUGGUCAUUAUUCACGAAAUCGCCUCGUAGGCGAAUGCGUGUUGCAUUCACUUGUAACGUCUGUGGGCAAAGAACUACAAGAGCUAUUAAUCCUCAUGCUUACACUGACGGAACCGUCUUCGUGCAGUGUUGCGGAUGCAAUGUGUUCCAUAAGCUGGUGGAUAAUCUCAAUUUGUUUCAUGAGGUUAAGUAUUAUGUGAGCAGCUCAAGCUUCAACUAUAGAGAUGCUAAGUGGGAUGUUAGCGGGUUGAAUCUUUUCGAUGAUGAGGAGGAUGAUGAUGAUAAUGAUAAUGAUGCUGGUGAUAGUAAAGAUGUCUUCCCUUUGUAAAGAGGUUUGGACUAAGUUAUUUAGUAACCUUUCUACAGUCAUGUGAUUAUCUGUGUUAUAUAUCUGUGUAUAUAGCUACUUCAUCCUACCAUCUUGGUGUCAAAUAACAUUUGGAAAUAAUAAAUUGGUUAUAUAGCUCAUGUUCUGAA